AUGGGAGACCGGAGGCUUGGGAAAGCCGUUUCUGAAACAGUGGCCUUGCUCGGACAGCCAGACCCAAGGUCCUUUCGGAGUCAGGAACGCCUUUAUAAGGCAAUGAAAGCUCGAUUUAUUCUUUCUCCCCAGAAACGCGCCAGUGCACAAAUACACAUCAGGUGGGGCGCAUUCUUAGGGGGUUCCUGCACAGCCCCCAGGCUGAUCUACGGCGCAGGGGCGGGGUCCGGGGCCACAGCGGGGACGCCUUCCCUCUGCGAGUGGGAAGAAGAGGGGGCGCGCCCGCGCUGCAGAGAAGGGGUGACUCAGCAUCCUCCGCGGCGCGCGGGAGAGGAGAGGCACCGCCCAGAGCCCGAGCUCCCCCGCGCUUGGCGUUUUGGGCUGCCGCCAACCGGGAUGUCUCUUUUGACCGAGGAACCUCCCUUCUCUCUCUGGCCCCGGGCCCCGCGGACUCCGGAUGCAGCCUCCAGGGUGACCCACGCCGCGCCCCAGAGUCCAUACAGGCUGGCUGCGCCAUGCAGGCUGGCUGGCCGCCCUGUGGGAGCCCUCACGGGAGAGAUGAAGUACCCCUCUGCAGCGCCCUUUGGCUCGCUCUUCCGCGCACCCUCCUGCUCUCAGCUCUUUUUUUUUUUUUAA